AUAUUUAAAAAUAUAACGAUUUUUAACUGUUUUUAAUACAAUGACAGCGUUACACUGUGAAGAAUAGUGUUGCGGUGUAAUUUUACCUUACCGGUUGUAAUGUCUUAACUACAGUCGAUAAAUGAAAUUGCGCUUUUAUUUUCAUCAAAUAAUAAAUCAUGCAUUAACGAGAGAGAAAGAGAGAAAUAAAUCGAUUAGUUUUCAUAUUCCGAAACGCGCCACUUCCAAAUAUUGCAAGCUAUUUAAAAACCUUCUUCAAUAAUCAACAUAGAAGUCGCAAUCAGUUGCAUAUUAAAAUGUAUUUAUAGUUGACAAUAUUCAAUUUAUGGCAUACAUUUCUAUUUUUCGGUGAUUAUGUCAUGCGUCCUACGCGUUUGCUAUUUUUAUUGAUAUUUGUUACAUUUGUAUCUACAUUGUGCGUAGAAUGGAAACUCGUGCGCAGCGAGGAUUCUUAUCAUGAAAAAUUUCUUUUAUUUGAGAUUAAAGUCAGCAAUGAGACGUUGAGUUGAAAUGUAAUCAAUUAAAUUUUCCGAAGGAUUUGUAAAUUUACAAGCGCGGUGGUUUCGUUUCACGGCGCACGCGAUUCAGCUCACGUACAUUGACACGCGGUGAAACGUCAUCGUAUGGUGUACGCACGAUCAGGUUAUGUUACAUUAUGUUUAUCACCUCGCAAAUAUACGUAAACGGUGCAAUAAAUAGGCGACAAUGUGACCUUUGGCCGCAAAUUACUCUCUUUGUUGCAGUGCAGCAUUGCAUUGCAUUCGCAUCGCAACGCGACGAUUUAUUUUCUAUGUAAUGUGACGACAACUUAAUGAAAAGUUUUAAUAAUAAUGAUAGAUUUAUAGAACAUUCUCCCAUCAAAUAAAAUUCGUCAUGGCGAGUGUAAAAAAUGACGAUAAAACCGUUUUAGAGGCCGAAACUAUCUUUUUAUUAAUGAAAAAGGGCUUUCCUAUCUCUCGCAAUGUAAGGGCUCAAUGGCUGCUAGAGCAUUUGGACUCUGUGAUAAGCGUACAAUGUCCAGGUGUAAAGAGUAAAGAGAUACCAGAAUUAGAAAUUGUAUCGGUGCUACCGAAAGAGCAGCCUGUCACUUGGUCUAUAGAUACUAGCCACCAAUUUCUUUAUAAAAUAGUUUCAACCACUUCAAUUAUAUUUCUAGCACACAAGUAUAGAAUGGUUUUUAGCUUAGAUUUAAGCCCAUCGCUUGCCACUGUUGAUGUACAAAAUGAACAGAUUGUUCUUGAUGAGGUAUGCCUAGCGACCAAGCGAUGUCUUGAAGGCAUAACAAAACCAUUUGUGGUACCAGGCAGCAAGCGUGUGAUGCAACCUGAAAUUUACAUAACUGUGAUAGCUCAUACACCAUUCUUUACAAGCCCGGCACAACAAGUACUGGUACAAGGAUGGUUGGUUACUGCGGAUAAUGUGAACUCUCUCACGCAAUACAUAGAGAAGCAGCUGUACCUAUUGGAAGAGAGAGUGGCAACUGUUACCGCUAUAGCUAAUCAGCAGUUGGAAAAUUUAAGAGCAGAGAGUGAACGUUUGGUAGGCAGGCUUUUUGAGGAAAGUAGCACGUGCUUAAAUAAAAAUAAUUGUAAUAUCUCUAUAGUUUCACCAGAAGCCAGUUUUGUAAAUAUGCUGAGAUAUGGAAUGCUGGCUUUAACACUCUUACCUGAGCACAGUUGUGCACAUAUGAUAAUAGUCACGGACGGUAUCGUUGGAAUUAAGAAUGCUCAGACGUUAGAUUCCAUUAUACAACAACUACGUGCAACGACGGUAGCGUGUAGUUUUUUACGCGUAGGCAGCGCCUACGAUCCGCAUUGCGCGGAUGGUUUAGUGCCAUAUCAAGAUCUAUUAUAUUUUAUCGCUGCGGCUACGCUCGGCAGUUAUAUGACGUUCAAUUCCCAUGUUGUACCUGCGCACGGAACAGACAUGAAUUUUUAUCACAAGCAUUUUAUAUGCUGGCAACUCUAUCGGAAUAUAUUCGAGGACGAUAUAUGGAAUCGUCAUUCUUGUUGGCGAACCGAAAAUAAUUGCUUUCAUGGGCAUAAAACUGGUCAGCUCUUGAGGAAAAAGCAAAUUGAUGAUAAAGUUACCUGUACCUUGAGUAGUUUGUUGUGUUGUCGUCUGAGGGAAGGAUAUCUGAUAAAAAGAGCCAGCGUGCGAGACGACGUUCUCGAAAUAAAUUUCGUGCUGCUAUGGAAAACCAAUGUCUUCUUGGAAUAUUUAGUCACGUGUCCAUGGUCUUCAAAAUCAUUGUCUCUGUCCAAUGUGAUACAAUACGCCAUUAUCAUAGAAGCGCCGUAUGAAUUUUUGCACGACAUUACAUGCCUGUCGAAAAAGCCAUUGAACUCGCAUUAUCGUCAAGCUGUCAUCUCACGUUUUUGGACUGCGCUAACAGCAUUGACAGAAAGCGACAACAUGUUGUUGCACUUUAGCUGGUUUCCGGGAUCCGGAUGGACUUGGUACAGCGUACCAGACACGAUAAGAAGCGGAAUGCCAGUGUUUUACCUAUCGUCUUAUCCAUCACCAAGUACAGUACAACUUAGUGACGCUGCUUGCCCACAGUUUGGACAAAUAUGGCAACCAGUCGUUUCUCUGGAUCCACUUCAAUGGGCGCGCUGGAUGCACACUCAGAGAAUUACGUUGAUUCUAGCUUACGAUAGACCAUUGCCGAGACAUCUUCACCAAGCGAAUCAGAGCGGUCGCUUCCAAUGCAUUCAGAGUCGGCAAGCGGCGGCGGUAUUAUACGCUAUGCUGAAGAAUUGGGCGACCUUUGUGCUAGUCGAAAAUCACACGUAUGUCCAGUUCAUAUACAGAGAAACGGAGAAGCCGCCCGUGUCGUUUUCAUUGAUCCGCAUUAAUUGCAAAGCACUUUGCGUCGUGCUCAAUAUAGCGUUCGCCGGCGGCACGGAGGGUGUCGUCCGUCACAAUGUAGUUGUGGAUCUCGUGGACAGGCUGUCCAAGCUGACAUUGCCCAACAGGCCGACGGAGCAACGUGAAACUCCAUGUUGUACGAUAAUACACAAGCCACUUGAGAGAAUUCUCGUCAGAUACGAGCGUAUACCGAGCAAUCUGAGCAUGAUAGUGUUUCCCGACGGAACUCAGCCAACUUGCACGAGAACUGCACUGGGACUAUCGGGAAGUGGUCUGACAAUUACUUUGUCCAGAUAUUUGUAUCACAAUCGAUGGCUGUGGCACGUAAAACGACCGUUCGUUCAAACCAUCCCGGGAAUUACUUUGCCAAGACUGAAUAUCACCGCGAUUGCAAGAAUACUCUCUACAAUUACAAAAAUACGUUUAGGGGAGGGCUUCAACUUUGCGUAUUCCACUGCGGGCAUCACCAACAUGGUGUUGGAAGUGCAGAUGCAGGACUUUGAGAACAACGAAAAUUCCUACCCGUGUAUCAUUCAGUACGUUCUAUUCCCGCCGCAUAUUGUGCCGAAUGCAACAUUAGAACGCGAGAGCGGUACUGAAGAUGACACGGAAGAAGGUGUCACCGAGGCUGAAGUGUGGACCGAGGAUUCCGAAGGUUACAGCGAUUUUCAGAUUGUCACGGAGAUUUGGGUUGAACCUCAAUGUGGAUAUGUACAAAUGCCUAUGCAAUCGACUGCCAUGUAUUUGCAUCCUCUGCAGUAUCAUCAAUUACCAGAUGCGAUUACCCGAAUAGAUGAGGAAUGCAUUAACGCUCUAUUGACCUUGGAAUACUUGAGCCUGUUGAGCCAGGUAACGCCAGCGGAAAAAAAUACCGACAUCGAGUUUGGGCAAGCGCAUCAAGGAGUGAGAUAUGGCGUUAUGGGCGCCUCCACAGACCGCAUCUCCGAAUGUCCAAAUCCAAUCGAACCCUUCGAAUCGACGGCGAUAAUCGACGAGAGGAUACAUCCGAUGUACUUCUCGUUCGACACUCUGAGCAUUUUACCAAAAUGUCAGCAGGCGGAACUCUUGUUCUCCAUGUUCGCCGACGAUUCUAUCCGUAUCGACGAGGAUAGAGAUAGCGCAAAUAGAAUUCUCAUAGGAAACUUCUUGGAGCAUAUGAAACAGUUGCACAAUAAAGAGCUGUUGCUUACGUCGGCGGAGUCGCAGAGAUUCACGAGGAUGCUUCUCAGCAGACCGCGCGAAAAUGCUCCUCCAUUACCUUUCUCUGUGCAAGGAGAGAAAAGAUAUCGAGAUAAUACCUCGGAUAUUUAUCCGAGAUGGAAGUGUUUUGUUAAGGGUAUUAGUACAACACAUGUUAUCAUCACGAUACUGCCGGCAACCGAAAAAGAUGUCCGUUUGAUAACAUACGCAGGCGACAAUUGCACGAGCAAUCAUUCCGAGAAGAAUUGCGAAUCCGAUAUUUUCGACCUCGAUAUGAACGAAAAGAUAUCGUCUCCAACGGUCUCAUAUGUAAAGGAUACAAAUAUAUCCGAUUUCCCGACACCGGAGUCGAAAAUUCCGACUCAUUCCGCUACCGGGAACGGAAGCGCGUCGAAAACAAACGUAGAACAUAAUUUUGAUAAUAUCGAUAAUGAGGCAGGUCUUGUUAUACCUGUAUACGUAUAUGAUUGUUCGCUAGCAUUAUUAAUGGACGCACUCGUCGGCCAGUUUCAAACACCUCAGAAUAAAGACAUCUAUCAGGAUCAUACCUUUAAAAUUGGAGAGCAAGUUUCCGAAGAUUUUAUUAAUCUGAAAUCAGAGACUAACACAAAGCCCUCAUCUCCCGAGCCGAAGAGCGAAGAUUCUGACAAUAUCUCUAAUGAUCAACCAAGUUUAACGGAGCAUUGUAAAUUAUUGAGCUUGGCACAUUGCCAUUGUUACGUGGUUGCGGUUUACAAGUCAUUAGCGCUGCAAGAGUCGUUAAGCUACGAAGAUAUGGAAGCUGCUGUGGCACAAUGCGAAGAAAACUUGAUCGAGAUCAAUAUUACCAACUAUCUGCGAUCGGUCUGCAGACAUUUGAGCACGUUGUCGGAAAGCAGUCUGCUCGACGAAUUGAAAGUUUCUGCGUGCAAUGACGUGAAACCGUUGCACAGUUUGAUUAAGGAUAAAUUUAAAAGGAUCAUGGCGGUUGCGUUUAAACCUGUGCCCGCUCAUCCAGAAUUUUAUUACUGCUUACCGUCGUGGACGACGGAAAAAAUCAAAAUGGUGUCGCAAAGGACAGACAGUGAUGAUGACGAUGACGACGAUUCGGAUGAUUUCACGUGUCAGUCCGAAAUGCCGGCUCCGAAGACGGAUAAUUCUUCCAAUCAAGUAAGUCAAGCUGUCAAUAUCACAUGGCCGGCCACAAAUCUUCAUAACAAGGGGAAACUUUCCCAGAGCAACUCGAAAGAUUCGCUUAUAAGCGACUUCGAAGAGGAAAGCACGUGGGAUAUGAAGGAUCAGCCGCUCUUCUUACACCUAAGCUGCUCGAUUCACUUCCGCUCGGAGCUCUGUAGUAUACCGGUUAAACUGAUGCCUACCUGCUUCACCGAGAUUAUUCAACGAAUAAAUGACGGCAAGGAGAGAAAUCUCGCCGAGCUGAGCGUGAACGAUCUCAAGGUCACUCUGGAUAUCAUUUGUUUGAACCUUCCGAGAGAAGUGUUGCAAGUGUCGUUGGAACGUUACCCUGAAUUGAGAACAACGUCGUACUGUAGCGCUUCGCCGAUCGAUAGCAUGCCGAGUGACAGCAGUCCGGAGGCAAAUGCGAAGGCUGAAUCGGUGCAGGGAAAGAUGCCGCAUCUGUCGCAGCAUCACGCGGUAACCAGCCUGAAAGAUGAGAUCGAGUGGCUGCUGCGGGACGAAACUGCGACGGCACUUUUGGAUCAUCCUUCACCGAAUGUGGACACGUUGAGAUUCAUAGCGCAGCACGUGUCGAAUUCCGCGGGGAAAUCCAGCUGCUUGAUGGAUAAAGUGCCUUUACAUUUUGUCUUUUCGUCGGAGAGCAGCGUGCCCAAAUUUCUGAAGGAAUUGAAAAAUCUCGAGAUUAAUGAAUACUGCGUUUGCCAAGAGGCUGAUUUAUUUUACUUUGUCAAAAAACCGGAAAUGAUAACAUCUGACGCAGAAGCAGACGCAUUACAUAUAGACUUAGAGAAAUUGCAAUUAAAAGAAGAUGAAAUUAUUGAAAAUGUGGAACAAGAAGAAAUAUCAACUACAGCAAUUCAAAUAAACGGGCAAGACUCUGGAGACGCGCCAGGUUAUUAUUCCGAGAUUUCAAGUUUAGCCGAAGGGAAACACGGAACGGAUGACGGAUAUGAAGGUGAUAGCAGCAAUUCCGACGACGAUUACCAGUGGUUGGUGGAACUUGAUAAACGCAGAAAUCGCUUGCCCAAUUUCUGGUUAAUUCUGAGUGUCGAGAGUAAUCACGUUAAUGUUUACUUUCACUGCAGAUUUUUAGAACUUUCUUCACCAGAAGUGGACUGCUAUUUACAAAUACAAAAAUUGCUCCUCGUCCAAAUCAAGGCUAUAUGUCGCCGAGUGAAUCAGUAUUUGCUUUUACAAAAUCUCCACGAUACUCGUAUAUGCGAUUCGCUAUUGGAGCCAGAAUCGACUGAGGAUUAUAAUACCUGGAGGGGAGAGAGCGUCGAAUCUGGAAAUCUCUUCCAGAAUCACACUUCUUCAACCUUCAACUUUACACCAGGCAUGUUUAGAUGCCCUGUAAUUUGGGAGGAACCAUUUAAUCUGCACCCUCGUUUGAAAACCGGGCCCGGAAGAUCCGGAUUAUCGAGAGGGAUCAAAGCGUUGCACGGCGUACUUAACAGACUGUCCGUUAACAAUCGAAACAACAUGUUUGUGUAUCAAGAAAAUAACGAGAAUGUAUUUUAUUUGCGGCUGCACGAGCAAACGAACGACGGGAAGCCUCUGCAGAAUAAAUUGUCCGAGAGCGACGAGAAAUUGGUCGUCUCGCGCAGCAACAGCAUCGCGUCUUUGUCGCAGGCUAAGAGCAUCAGUUUAACGAAUGAUCACGCAACACUGAACGACACUCGACCUCGGGUUCGUUCGUUCGGCGAGAAGGAGUCCGAUAUCUUGAACAGGACCGGCGAUUCGAUCAUUCUUAUGGUGCACGGAAUAUCGGAAGCCGGUCCGGAAGUCAAACGGGACUUGGUGCAAGUCUUGCAAAAUCGUCUCGAUGACGCGGUGCUGGAAGUGCUGUCCGUGAUGCUGGCGCGUAAUCCGAUGUGCAAGCUGACGCCGGCGGACGUGCACUUUAUACAAAAACCGUACAAGUCUCCCGAGUGUAUAGUGCAGUUAUCGGUGCAGCCGCACUGCUUGCCGUAUAUAGAUGCUUUAGGAUAUUAUUUGAGGCAAAAUAUAUUGCAGUUUCUGUACACGCCGAAGUACACGGAUCUUGGCAACCACUUUCAAGACUACUCCCCGUUGGACGGCACCAGAAAGAGAGUGUCCGAGUCCGACAUCUUUUUGUAUAAUCAAAGCCACUCGAGUGGCAGUAAAGGUAUAGCUUGUAUCGCAUUAGCCAUUACCGACGGCAAAUGCGAGUCCGCAGCGUCGACGGCGGCGAAUCAUCCAAAGCACGAGUCGAACUUCUCGAAAUUAUUGAAGGUCGAGAAUUUUGAAAGGAUCGUGUCGACCACCGUUCACGACUAUAAAAGCGAUUCCAAAUCGAGUGCGGAAACGCUGAUUGAAUUUCGAAUCUGGAAGCAAGGCAGGGUGAAUCAGGAGUCCUUGAUUCAGAAAUUGUCGUCCGCUGUGAAACACGGCACUUGGGACUUGAUUACAGAGUACAAUCUUCUGGCGACACCUUUAACGGAGCCAGAAACCAUCAAUCCCUCAGUUGUUGCAGCAACCACAGAGGAAAAGAAAGAAAUAGCGGCGAAGAUGUCGCAAUCGCAGAAAGUUGCUGACAACGUGUCAGUUAAUCAGUUCGAGCUCGACGAGGAAGGAAAGCUGAAUGAGGUUUAUCACACCACGCUAGCACGAUGGUUUCAUUUUGCACUGGAAAUGUAUGUUCCUGCUGUCAAGAAGCACGAAGUGACUAUUCAUCACAGACACGCGAUUCCUGUGAUCGUGAGAGAGCUGCAGAACAUCAUACGUUGCCAAGAUGCAGAUACAUCCAGUAGAGUUUUCGUAUUGCAAGAUCGACAGCCAUUCCUGAACCAAUUUAUUGUCCGUAAAGUUGGAUCGAAGUCUGCACAGAACAACAAUCGACUGAUGACUGAAGAUACAAAUCCAGAAGGUGCGAACUCACCGGUGUACGUGCCGCAUGAGUUUAAUAAAGACGAGCAGACCACUUACAUCAAAUGUAUCUUGAUUGCAAGAAAUUUUCAUCAAUGGAAGGCUUCUUUGAGCAAAGAAAUAGAUCCGGAAUUGCUUGCUCCUAAAGAUCAAAAACAACUACAAAAAUUUAACCCGUUGAUAUCGGAUUCGAAUUUUGUGCCUAGACAAAGAGUAUUGUUAGCUGAAAUAUUGAGUGACAAUAUAACCAUUUAUAUGUACAACUGGUCGAAGGAAAAAUCGGAAAAGUUAAUAAAGCAAGCGACAAAUUUGGGCACGUGGCUUUCCUCCAGAUCGAGUCUAUUCACCAACAUAAUCAUGCAAAAGUUGGGUAUAUUUCAUCACAAACUCACUCGAGAAACUCAGCAGAGAGAACACGGUUCUCAAUACUAUCAAAUCGCAGACAUGGAGAAUCUCGCGAAAUUUCCAAGUCAGUCGACUGCCGACAGUAAAGAUUGGACGCGAUCGAGCAAUCGGGGACAAUCGAUGAAGAGCAACGCGUUUUCGUGGUCUCAGAUGAUCGGGCAAGCGAUGCGCGAUGCCAAACCAAACACCGCGCAUACUCACAAUACGACGGAUGCGAUCGUAAAGGCUGCCUACGAUUUACAGGAUUUACGACACCGGGAGAAGAAGGUCAAAGAGGAUUUGGAGAAAUUGUACGCGAUGUGGCAGAGCCGGACGCCUAACAUACCGAUAUCGCUGAGCGCUUUCAACACGUUCAAGCAACAUUCUCGUCUGAUACACUUUUGCCACACGCCCCUUCUCUUUCUGCCCGCCUGGCGUUUGCAGUCCGCCGCUACGAGAGAUCAUUCAUUAACGCCGCAAUCGUCCCACUUGGGCUCGAACGUGCAUCAAGUUACGCAGUCGAAACAAGAAGCGACGAACGCGAUCAUGAUAAAGUGGCAUCAAGAGCUGUGCAAGUCGAUGCUGUCGGAAUACAAGCAAUACUUGCAGAUCUUGGGCUUCAAUCCGAUUCAAGUGGAGUCGCCGAGUAAAACAGAUGAGGAUGUGCAGCAGCAGUCUUAUUAUCUAAAGAAGUCAAUGCUGGGCGGUAUUUUACUGUUCGAAAUUCACUUGACGCAACCGUUUUUCAUCGUAAAAUUGCACAUCAUCGAGUGCAAUCGCCUGCAAACGAAGACGAGCAGCGGUAUGGUGAACCAGUUUGUGCUAAGCUUCGUGGACGUUUGCGAUAAGAUUCAGAUCAACAUGCAUUUACACUCGUUCACAUACGACUUCCACUUGCGUUGCAUUUAUUCUUACAUCGCCGGAACUGGACUGUGGUCCUUGCAGCAGGGGUACCACCUCACUCACUUUAUGGAUGACUUCAUCAAGUAUUACAGCAAGGCACCGAAUUACGCUAGGAACCUGAUAUACAGCGAUGUAAUAACGAUACGUAACAUAGCGAUACCCGCGCGCACGCUCUUCUCAUAUUUGCUGUCACACGAGAAAGUCUACAACAUGCGCGUGUUCGUGAUGUCUGAUGAGUUUGAGGAAUUGCACGACAACGAAUACGUCUUGAUCAAGUUGCAAAGCACUCCCUCGAUUAGUUACUUCGACGCCCAAGAUACUCGAUACAUUGACGACUUUGACGUGGCGUUGAUCGUGUCACGUAUAGAACAGUCGGCGCAGACGGACAGAACCGAGAUCUCUUUCAAGUAUUACCUGAUGCUAACGAGCAAGAGGGAAUUGUAUCCAAAAAGAGAGGUGGAGAACAACAAACUGGGCAAGUUUAGGACUGUAUACAGCGUCAAGUCCACAACUAGUUCGUAUACCGAGAGCCCGGUGGAAUCCUGUCCCGUCUCGCCGAUACCGCCGUUCGUGAGAGUGAAUUCCAGAACGGAAAUGUCGAGUGGCGAUCAGCAGAAGAAGAAUCUCGAUACGAACGGCGCGACUAAAGACGUCGACGUUAAGACGGCGAGCCACACCCACAGCAGCUUAGCGCCAACGCCCCCGCCGGUCCCGAACUCUCCCCUAACUCAAAAUUCUAAUAUCCCGAAUAUCCCGAAUACGCCGAACACAUCGUCGUCGUCGUCGCCGCACUUGAUGCAGAUUCGCCAGGAAUCGGUGAACUACCUGGGCUACUACUCGUCGCACGAGCAGCUUAUGCAACAAAUGAUCAUGUCGCAGGCGCAGGCGGCUCGUCAGCACAUAACCACCAUGGUGGAGCGCGGCGCUCUGCAGUGCCGGACGCACUUGCUUUGGGACAAAUUACUGGAGAACAAAUCUUCGAUGACGUAUACCGAGUUCAAAGAGCUCUGCUCGCUAGCUCACGUUGAACCCCUUCCGAACUUGGAUCCUAGGCUCAAUUUGUUCGUUAACCAGCCUGUUUCGUGGUAUCAGGCGCUGUCCAAAGUGUUGCAAAAUAAAUAUCAGGAACAUCAUAAACAAUUUAUCACAUCCGAUGGGAAUAUCACCCAUCAUCUUAUAUUGCACCCGACUCUUCUCCAAGCAUUCAUGAUGCUGACUAUCGAUUUGCAUACGUCGAGAGGAGAUUUAUGUGCCGUUUACCGCAAAUCCACCGAAAUCAACAUGCCGAUCAACAUGGAUGACAUUUACACUUUAGUUGAAGGUUUCGUAAAUGCUUGCUGCUUCCACUUGUGGAUGGGUCUUUGCAGCCAGUGAUAACAUUCCGGAUGUACAAUGUAAUGAUGGUACAUUGCCUCGGGCAAUUUUUUCUAUGUACUUGAAAAAAUUGUUGUGCAACGUGUUAUUUACCGAUCGAACGAAUUAUCUUUCGAAUGCGCGAACACGCACUCGAAUUGCUAAUAUUAUAGAUUAUUACACUUGUACGACUUUGUAAAUAUGAAAUAUAUAUUUUCAUGUUACAUACAUUAA